GGGGCGACAUGAGCACGUGCUCCAUCUCCAAGGGCUGCUUUGUUUUUAAACCAAGUCCGAAGAAGAGAAGGGUGUCUCAGAAAACAGCUAAUGAUUUCAGAGAAAGAAACGAUGAUUCAGAGGAUGCUGAGUUGCGGUUUGUUACUUGUCAGUCUUUAUGGAAUCAGAUCAAAUCGGAAACAGAGCAAAUACAGGAAGACUUGAAUAAGCAGUUAUUUGAUAAUCUAGUAAGUUUUUUGAGGCGGUCUCAUUCUGAGUUCCAAGAGAAGACAACAGAAUGGACUUGUCAGAUGAAGUCCAGAGAAAUCCCUACUGCAGCUCUUGUCUUAGGUGUAAAUGUUACAGAUCAUGACUUGACUUUUAGAAGUCUCUCAGAAGUCCUUCAGGAUAACAUUACUCCUUAUAUAGCCUCGCUGGAAGCCAAAGAUUGCCCAGGCAUAAAAAAUCUGAUGCAGAAGCUGAUGGGGCAGCUGAUGAACUGCUGUAUAGAUGAGGACUCAUUGGAAGAUGAGGACUAUGUGCAGGUUUCCCAGAACAGAAUACGUUGUUCAAUGACUUCUCUUAUCAGCUGGUAUGAGAGUGUAACAAAGAAGACAGAUUCUGAAACUCCGAGCAAAAAAAGAACUUCCUCUUCUAGACACUGGCAAUCUCCUCCAGUUGUAGUUAUAUUCAAAGACAUGGAAAGUUUCACCACAAAAGUACUUCAAGACUUCAUAGUCAUCAGCAGUCAGCAUAUCCGUGAAUUACCUCUAGUAAUGAUUUUUGGAAUCGCUACAUCACCAAUGAUUAUCCACAGCUUACUUCCGCACUCUGUUUCCUCUCUGCUGUGCAUAGAGCUUUUCCAGUCCCUUUCCUGUAAGGAGCACCUGUCUACUAUAAUUGACAAGCUGCUUCUGACAGCCCAGUUUCCCUUUAAACUGGGUGAGAAAGUUCUGCAGGUUCUCAUCAACAUAUUCUUGUACCAUGAUUUUUCUGUCCAGAAUUUUAUCAAAGGAUUUCAGCUCUGUAUUGUGGAGCACUUCUAUUCCCAGCCUCUUAGUGUACUGUGUUGCCAACUGGUAGAGGCUAAGAAGAGAGUAAAUUCUUUAUCACACGAUCAGUGUGAAAACAUUCGAAGACUGCCCUCUUUUAGAAGGUAUGUGGAAAGUCAAGUGUCAGAGAAACAGAUUGCACUGCUGACAUCAGACAACUUCUUAAAGGAUGUAAUACAGAAGUUGCUGGAGGACUUGCAUGUUUACCACGAAAAUUAUGUUUCAGUUCUGAGAUGUCUUCAUGUUUUCACAUCUUCUCUUCCAAAGUAUCCUUUGGGCAAGCAGAUCAGGGAGCUGCACUGUGCAUGUUUGGAAAACCAAGUGUGGGAGACAGAGGAGUAUGAGUCAUCUCUUCAGCUAGCAAGGAUGUUGAAUAAGUCUGAUUUGGUAACCAUGCUUCAACAAUGUGUGGAAAUUUUUGUGUCAUCUUCUGGAAAGGAGUUUGAUAAAACAGUAGAGAAGUUGAAGGAGUUCUUGACCCAGUUUCAGAAACUAGAAGUAGCAGAAGCUUUCCAAGAACGAGAUGUGUCCGUAUCGUCACAAAAGGAGCUCCAGAAGAAGACAGACCUUUAUCAUCUUCAGAAGACUUUGUUGGAGUUGAAGGAAUCAAGGCGGUCUAAGAAACUGACAAAGUUUGAAAUGCUUCGUUUUGAAGUUGUUGACUAUAUAGACAGUCUUGUAAGAAAUUACCUUGUUCCUGCAGACCAUAAGACUCUGCAUGAGAUAGUGUAUUUCAACACAGCCAGUGUUCUCCGUGGGCACUUGAAUGCUGCCCCGAGGAUUGCACUUCAUACAGCUUUAAAUAACCCAUACUGCUACCUGAAGAAUCAAGCUUUGAAAAGUGAUGGAGGAAGCAUUUCUAAUAAAGCCCCUGACAUAUGCAUAGUGUAUAAGCUUCAUUUGGAGUGUGGCAGAUUGAUUAAUCUCGUUGAUUGGUUAGAGGCUUUCUCAACUGUGGUGAUGGCAGCUGAGGGACCAAAUGCAGAUGUGGCUUCCUCAGACCAGGUGGAUGAUAUUAUCCAUGCUCGUUUCAUUCGAGCUGUUUCUGAACUGGAACUCUUAGGCUUCAUAAAGCCUAGCAAGCAGAAAACUGACCACGUGGCAAGGUUGACAUGGGGAGGCUGUUAAUGUGCCACUGAGAUCUUAAUAAACCUGUUCUUUCUAACAUUGUGCAAUGGCUGUGUUCCCACUAAACUAGUCUUCACUAACUUUGCAUACUGAGUCAAAGUCAAUGAUGACCGAAUGUUGUGAGAUACAGUGAGUGCCUGGACAGGCCUGAACAGCAAUGUUGGUUUUUAAUACUCAGCCUCCCUGUGUAAUGUACUGCUCUAUUAAUGCUCAUGUUCCAAAUACAGUAUUGUUGUGCCAGUUUUUAUCUUUGAUGUGUGAUAUUUAACACUAUACUGAUACAAUUCAAGCUAGCAAGCCAAAAGGACAACACUGGCUGUGUAAGCUACAGAAGUGAUGAAGUAGUAUUAUUAACUUGCUUAUAAGCUGAUAGGAUUUGAGUCAUCAUUAUAAAAUGCCUUCCACAUCCUUGA